AUGCAUGGUUUUGUUUGGUCAUCUCAUGCUUAUCAUCCUACCAAUUCAAUAGACAUUAUAUUCAAAAGAGAUGGAAGGGUUUGUCAAAUUUCAUGGUUCAAAAGUUAUGCAUGGUUAACAUUUUGUAAAACAAAACAAAAGUUAUAUUGUUUUCAUUGUAUAUUAGCAUUUGAACGUGAUGUGCAUCCAGAAGCUGAUAAAAAUCUUAAAGUAGCUUUUAUUGUAGAUGAACUUGACAAUUGGAAAAAAGGAACUGAACGUUUUGAUAUUCAUGAAAAAACAAAAAGUCGUGUUGAUUGUCUAUAUAUUAUAUAA